UGUCAUUUCUGUUUUCUGCUCUGGUUGCCAUGGCUAAGACUGUACCAGUCUCUCUGACACACAGUAACCCCUCUCCCCCCGGGGUGAGUCAGCCAGCAUUACCACGGUAACGCUACUGUCACUAGCCCCUCAGUAAGUUAUGAGCUAUUUAAUCACAAGGAAAAUUAUUACCAGUUGCAAAUUGAACCAAAUUCUAAUCCAAAUUAUUAAAAUUUUUCCACCAAUGAACUGAAAUGAACAUUAACGAAUUACAAAGGAAAACAGAUUUUUUUGUUAAUAACCGUUGGCAUUUCAACAAUAAUGCACAGGCUUACAUAUUUGUAACGAAUACUGGCUUUACAGUAGUGCUCAGCAAUUGGGAAGGAUGCACUGCGGAUCGCUUGCGCUAUCGAGCACCAAUCAGGAACAGGAACGAUUUGUUUCUAUUUUUAUGAAAUUUCGUCAUUAAAAGUAUGUCGACGUUAUGCAGAAAUCCAUGUGGACUCGUCCUGGAAGAUGAUGAAUAAAUUCGAUAGUUUAUUUUAUUAGAUACUCGACCGUGUCACGAUCCUCGUGCUAUCUUGCAGUACGUGCUGUCGAACACUUCCAGGUGUUAGUGCCCAGUCCACCGAAGGACGUUAAAGAAUCUCUGGUUAAUUUGUAACACAGAACGUUCUAAUGUAUACGUUGUAAACGCUGGCUGAAUGCGCGGACUUGAUUCAGAAUAUUAAAAACAUAAAAAGAUGUUCCAUAAAGGCUAUAUACAGCUUAGCUGUACACUUAAAAAAGAUUUAAUCUACGGUAUCUCGUUACCUCUACAUAAUGCAAUUCGUGCCGUAGAAAUAAAUAACGGGUUCUAGCAAUAUUAUCAGUGUUGCUCAAACAACAUCCUUAAUGUGAUUUUACUGAAUUUGUUAUUUUGAUAACGACAGUAUUAACAUUCAAGUAUCGUCUUGCCGUAACUUGCUCAGCUCGUUGAAUUCAAUAUAUUAUUCGGCAACAGGUUAGACAAUGUUUAGUAACAAAUAUAGAAAAUAAUCUCCAAUAUAUAUCAGAAAAAUAUAUGAAUGCCGUUGAUGAAUAUAGUGUAGAAUACAAUUCCAUCCUGGGGAACUGAUACCGUUAAACAGAAAAUUCAUCCACAGCUCACUAUUUAGCCAAGUGCAGUUCGCUUGAUUUCCUGACGUCACUGUAGAACGCUCAAAGCGGUGCAACUGUUGUCAACAAAUUCUAUUGGCCGAUGCAUGCGUGACGCAACAGUAGGUAUUCCACGCAUUUUCUUAUAAAUCUCUACCGGCAAGAUACCAAGGGUAUGAGGCCUGAACCAGGUCCAAGAUGGAAGCAACUUCUCCUUUGCUUUCCUUAAACGGGAGGAAUGGCCCCAAAGAGCUCGGAGAAUACAGGAAGCUGGCAAUCGAAAAUGCCACCCGGCAGCAGUUCUACCAGAGCGACCGGGUGAAGCAGUUCCACAGGGAGCUCCUGCUGAUGGAGACCCUGAACGACCGGAGGCUGCAGAUGGAGCGGAACCGCAGGAUCGACGACAACACCAACGAGGAGACGCGCAGGUUCAUGGCGGAGAUCAGGCGUGGGGAGAUGGAGGCGCUGGAGCAGGACCGGCAGCGGGCCAGGCAGCGCGAGGCGAACAAGCGGGCGUACGCGGAGGACCUGCGGCAGCAGAUGCGGGAGAUGGCGAAGGGCCGGCAGCAGUCGUCGCUGGCCAAGCAGCGGGAGAUGCGGGAGCGCGAGGCGCUGCGCGAGCAGCACGAGCAGGAGCAGCGCGAGCUGCGGCAGCGGCAGCGGGCGGAGCAGCUGCGCGUGCGCGGCACCUACGCGGCGCAGGUGGCGACGAGCCGCGGCGAGCGCGACAAGGAGAACCGGCGGGAGGCGCUGGCCGAGGAGUGGCGGCAGCGGUGCGCGCGCGAGAAGGACGAGUGGGACCGGGCCAACGAGGAGAAGAUGGCCGCCAGGCUGCGGCGGCGGCAGCGGCGGAGCCAGGUUGCGUCGGACAUGCUGGCGGCGCAGGAGGGCGACCGCGCCCGCCAGUACGAGGAGGCCGAGGCCCGCGCCACCGCCAAGGCGCUGGCCAGCCGGGAGGCGCGGGCCAGCCAGGAGCGCGGCCGCAAGCAGCGCACGGGCCUGGACAUGGCGGCCGCCAUCGGCGCCCAGCGGGAGUACAAGCGGCGGGAGCGGCAGCUGCGGCAGGACGAGGAGAAGCGGAGCGGCCUGGACGAGCUGGGCUUCCACCGGGCGGCGGACCGGGCCCACUGGGCGGGGGAGCGGCGGGCGGCGCGGGCGCAGCGAGACGCCCGCGCGGACAUGGACGCCGCGCUCCGCCAGCAGAUGGCGCAGAAGCGCCAGCAGGAGGCGCUGCGGCGGCGGGCGGAGAUGGACCUGGACGCGCGCAACCAGGAGCUGCUGGCGCACGAGGACGCGCAGUUCCGCCGCUACGCCGACGGCAUCAUCCGCGUGGCGGAGGCCAGCAAGCGCAACACCGCGCCCGUCCGCAGGGCCGCCAACGCGGGCGCCGGGCAAGGCGUGGGGCCCAUCUACGGCGGCCUGCGGGCCAAGUACCUGGUGCCCGGCUCCAGCUACAUACCGGACUACGUCAACAGCACGGCGAAGGACAUCAGCAGGCUGUACGGCGCCGCCACGGACGAGUCGAGCCACGGGAAACUCGACUUCAUAUGGUGA